AUUGAAAUCAGGGAUCAUUGAAGAAAUCCCCAAUUGGCAAAACAAUCCGUCGCAUAACAGUUCCAUCUAUUACAUGCCCCACAGAGCCGUAAUCAAACAAUCAAGUAAAACCACAAAAAUCAGAAUAGUAAUGGACGCAUCGUCCAAAGCUAAAAAUGGAAUCUCUCUAAACGACGCGGUCCAUCAAGGACCAUGCAUCUUACCCAACAUAGCCGGAGUAAUACUACGAUCUAGAUGUGGGAAGCAUUUGAUUACAGCUGAUAUUGAAAAAGCCUUCCAUCAAAUCCAUCUCAAUGAAACGGACAGAGAUGCUACACGAUUUCUAGUACCUAUAGAUAUCAAUAUGCCUGUCACUGAAGACAACAUCAAAGCACUCAGACAUACGAGACCAGCGUUUGGAAUCAAUGCAUCACCAUUCCUUCUUGCCGGAGGAAUAUACUAUGGACUUGACUUGAUAAAAACCGAAAACUCCGCUGACAUAAUCGAAGAAAUCAAAAACAACCUAUAUGUCGACAAUUUAGU